AGAUGAAACAACUAAACAUCCUCACGAUACUCCUACUCAAAACCUUCUGUACUAUAGAGGGCGCAAAAUUCCUUGUCCUCUCCAUGCAAUUUAGCGAACGUGUCUCCGAAUUUGCAGCAGUCUCGGAAGGAUUACUUGACAAUGGGCACGAGGUACACAUGGUUGUCGAUGAGAACCUGUUACAGAAUUUUCAGCAACGAUUGGCUGGUACCAAGGUCCGGUUCCUGACUUAUAAGUCACCGAAUAAGGAGUUUGUCUCGGAGAAAACUGCUGAUGAAAAGUUGGGAAAUUUGGGUCUUUCUGGUGCCAGGUUUAAAGAGAUUCUGGAGCGAUUCUUAGAAGUUAGGAUAACGUAUGACUGUAAGCUCACCCUGCAGGAUCAAAACGUGUUCAAGAAAAUCCAAGCGAUGAAAUUUGAUAUGGCUAUUGUUGACGGGUUGUAUUUCUGCUAUCACAUCAUACCGCAUAAAUUAGGCAUUCCAUACGUCAGUCUUUCAUCCCAUGAAUACCCGCUACUAGUCAGGGUCCAACCACUUGUCGGCUCUAUGGGAUGUAACAUCGCUGGGACACGCAACACGAUCUUUAACCGCAUGAAACAGUUCUUUACGGUACUACUUAUCACAGACAAGUUGCACACUUCAUUUUGUGAUGAAGCCCAGUUUCCCGCCAAUAUUUACUCUCCCGAAAAACCUUAUGAUUCGUUACGGGAACUGGCAGCGAAAACGAAACUGUGGUUGAUUUCACAAGAUAACGCAAUCGACUGCCCACGCCCGACUAACCCAAAUAUAGUAUUAGUUGGUGGAAUAACCGCUCAACCGGCAAAACCAGUUACUGGAGAGAUCGCCAGGAUAGUGAACAAUGCUAAAGAUGGUUUUAUACUAGUUUCAUUUGGAUCAAUGAUAAGCAGUAUGCCCUUAGAAAUGCAGGAAAGAUUUGUGAAUGCUUUUGGCCAACUGAGACAAAUCGUGAUUUGGAAGACGCAAAACGUCAAGGUGGUGCUACCAAAGAAUGUUCGCGCUCUGGAAGAGAUUCCUCAGAAUGACCUUCUUGGACACAAAAACCUUAAACUCUUCAUUACGUAUUGCGGGAAUAAUGCCAACAGUGAAGCUGUCUAUCACGGCGUCCCAAUGGUUGCGAUGCCGAUUUUCGGGGACCAAUUCAACAACGCCGAUCGGGUCGAAGUUUUAGGACAUGGGCGGCAGCUAUCGAUUACGAAAUUCACCGGUGAUCAGCUAUACGAAACGAUGGAGAACAUACUAAAUACGCCCGGUUAUACAGCAAAGGUUAAAAAGGCGUCAGAAAUCCUUAAAGACAAACCGCGCCAUCCGCGUCAAGAGGCGGCAUAUUGGAUUGAACACGUUCUCAGACACGGUAACCAUCAUCUACGCACGACCUUGUCCGAUAUGAAUUUAGCGCAAUAUCUAAUGAUAGACAUUUACGUUUUGUUAUCAAUUCUUAUUCUUGUCUUGUUAUUAAUUGUGAACAGGACUGCCUUGUUUAUUGCACGCACGUUUUGCAGGGGCGCAGGCUCUGGGCAGGACGAGAAGAAAAAGAAAAGACAGUAGUGACAAUUUUUCAACUGCAAUGAAUUCAUCAUGAUAAAACUUAAAACCAUCAGUGAAGAAAAGAAAUGUUCCCACCAAAAUGCAAUACUGUUUCCAGAAACGACAUAAUGAGUUGUACAUACAAACGAAACUAAAUUAUGAUAAUUCUCCUUGGCAACCUUUUCUUGCGACGAGCAUCAUUCAUAAAUGACCUUAUCGAUAUGCUCUUGAAACUAAGCGCUACAUGUAAUGAACAUAUCAACAAAAUGCGUUACUAAGGCAACAAAUGGAAAACACCUUAAUUUCUACAAAGGUUUGUGAUUUUUAAAGUGCAUAGAUUUUUACAUCAGAAACUUCUGGAUUAUAAGAGAAAGUCGAUUAGAAAGUAUUUUUUCACAAAUAAAAAUCAUGGAUAAAGGCUUCAUAUUGAUAUGACAAUUUUGAUACAUUUGAAGAAUGAAAAAAUUCAAAUUUAAUUACAAAUUGUUAAUUUCUAAAGAAUGGUGUAGGCCAAACAAGGACUUGCUUUAUACAUGUAUAAGAGGGAUUCCUGUUUUUCUCUAAAAUGAAAUGGCCAGGGCCAUUGUGCUCACCUCUAACGUGCCGUCAUUGUAAAAUGGCGGUGCCAUAGGAAAACUUUGACCUCUGUGACCUUGAGAAGUAGGUCAAAUCAAAAACCCACAUUUAUGAAAUGUAUCCUUGCUAGGAGUACCUACCAUAAAAAUGUUAUGAAAAUCAGACCACUAUUAAACGAGCAAUCAAACAUUUUAACUUUGGACAUUAAAUUUGGCCCCCGGGUGGCCAAACUAAGAAUUUUUCAAGAUGCCCGCCUGGCACCCAUAUUGGCUAUCACAUUUGAUAAAAAAUCAAGGAUUUAGUAGAGAGUACAUAGAUAUACAUCCAGAUCAAAUUUGGUUGCAAUCCGAUCAUUAGUUUCGGAGUAAUAGUACUGUGUUUAUUUUUCAAGAUGGCUGCCUGGCGGCCAUAUUUGAUGUCCGAACGGCCGAAAUUUUAGGGGUGGAAUAAAGAAUCUCCAGAUACAUGUCCACACUGGUUUAAAACCUUCUAGCUAAAAUAGAUAGGAAACAUGCUACUGUUCAGUGCAUCAGCAAACUUUGACCUCUGUGACCUUGAAAAGGAGGUCAAAUCAAAAACCCGGAGAAUAUAUGAUGCACCUUUGCUAGAAGUACCUACCAUAUUUUUUUCAAAAUUUCCCGACUACUAUUAAGGGAGAUAUUGCAUAUUUUCACUUUUAACGUUUGGCCCCCUGGUGGCCAAACCAUGAAACGAAUCGGACCGAAACUUGGUCUCCAAGGUGUCAUUACAUAAGGGUACAUGUGUACCAAGUUUCAACUCAAUAGCUCUAACAGUUACGAAACGUGCCCUGCUAACGGACGACGGACGACG